CUAAUCAUGAGGCUUUAAAUAAUCUGGCAAACAAAAUCGAUAUCUAAGAUGGCGGCAUCCCUGCAGUGAUGUGCUGUGUGGGCACACUAUUUAAAUUUUCCAAGUCUUUCGGUUAAGUUUAUUCAGUGCUACUUCAAAAUACGUAAUUCACCUUUGAUCAAGCAAACUCUAAACAGAAACAGAAAUAAACUUGUGCCCAUCCACUAAGAGCUUAGCACACACUGUAUAUCUGAGGACAGUAGUAACCAAAUUAACAAAGUUUUAAGCAUAUCUUGAAUGAUGAUGUAAUACUAAUGUAAAGAGUUGUCUUAAAAACAUUUGCAAGAAAAAAAAAAAGAAUUUCUAAGGAAUUUGUUUUAUAAUAUCACCACUGCUGCUACACUAUUUUCAAUGUCUGUGAAGAAACCAAGUCCUCAGUGGAAGAAAUUCCAGCCGCCUGUUCAAGAUCCAGCCAUUAUAUCCAUCCAUCAAAAUCCCAGUGUUGUGAACUUAAAUGUUAAUGCUGAAUUGCCACAGACGGCGCCAGGGUUUCCCAGAGUCAGGGAAACUGGCCUUAUUGACAAGAAACAGCAUUCCUAUGGAUUUAUUCAGUGCUGUGACAGAGAUGCCAGACUGUUUUUCCACUAUUCUGAGUACAAUGGCAAUGUGGAAGCAUUAAAGAUUGGAGAGGCAGUGGAGUUUCAAAUGUCUUAUGAUCGUAGGACAGGAAAGCCAGUGGCAGUGGCUGUUGUGAAAGUGGAUCCAUCCAUGGUGUCACCAGAGAUAAUUAAUGAUGAGAAAGUGCAAGGGACAAUUGUUCAGGAAGCAAAACUGAUCAAACAGAAAAAUGGCACAGUACCUGGCACACAAGAUGGACUAGGCAGAGUUACCUAUGUCCAUAAUGGUGAAUGUUUCUUUUUGCCGUAUGGUCUAGAUGAUGUUGUGGCCAACUCCACAACUCCAAAAGCUGGGGAAGAUGUUUUGUUUCAAAUAGCCACAGACAAACGAGAUGGUAAAAUUCGUGCUCGAAAUGUUGAAUCAUUGGAGUCAGCUACACAGCGUUAUGUUGGUGUUGUGUGCUCCAUGAAGGAUACCUUUGGCUUCAUAGAGCGUGCUGACAUUGUGAAAGAGAUUUUCUUUCACUACAGUGAGUUUAAAGGAGACAUUUCUGAGCUUAUUUUGGGUGAUGAUGUUUCCUUUGGUGUACAGAUCAGAAAUAAUAAGGAAGUGGCAGUUGAAAUAGAAUGUUUGCCAGAAGGUACUGUAAUCUUUGAAGAUAUUGCUGUUGAAAUGGUCAAAGGAAAAAUACUUAAAAUGAUAAAAUCUACCAACAGACGACCCAGUGAGGCCUUAGCUGGAAGAAUUAUGUAUGAAACCCCCAAAGGACUGAUAGAAAUCCCCUUUGGUGAGAAAGAUCAAAGAGGAGAGUGCACUCUACAGCAAGGAGACACAGUAGAAUUCCAGAUAGCAACAGACAGGAGAGACAAGCUUCAGAGAGCUACGAACAUAGCUUUGUUAGAUGAAACUUUCGAGUACUCAGGGGAAAUCAGAGAAACUGGUGUAAUUGCUGCAUUGAAGGAUGGGUAUGGCUUUAUUUAUUGUGCUGAACGUGAUGCACGUAUGUUCUUUCACUUUAGUGAAUUUAUGGACCUUACUUAUAGUCCUCGUCUCCAGGAUGAAUUACAGUUUACUGUGGAUCAGGAUGCAUCACAACCGACUCGCCAAGUAGCCACACGAAUAAGACAUUUGUCAAAAGGAUCUGUGUCUUUCAUAAAUGUUUUAGCUGGUGUCUAUAUUGGGACUAUUGACAAAGAACCUUCAACACAUAAAAACCAAGGUAAAAACAAGGAAGGUGAACCAGGGAAUAUAAUCUAUGAUUAUGAAGGAGUUAUCCAGCAGAUUCCUUACUUCUUUAAAGAUGUGACUGAUCAGAAUAACCUACCCCAUUUUGGUGACAAGGUUGACUUUCAAAUUGGAGAAUUAAAAUCAACUGGCAAAAAACAGGCUGUUAAGGUUCGUGUAGUCUUGAGGAAUAUUGCUGGUCGCUGCCAUGGGUUUGUUGCCACCCUGAAAGAAAAUUAUGGCUUCAUUGAAACUGCAGAUCAUGAAAAAGAAGUUUUCUUCCAUUUUAGUUCUUUUAAUGGUGAUACAAAUGAGUUAGAACUUGGAGAUGAGAUGGAAUAUACACUUGCCAGAAAAAGCAGUAAAGUCAGUGCUGAAAAUAUCCGCAAGCUCAACAAAGGCACCAUUCCACCUGAUGAGACUGUCCGUGAAAAGGGCACGCUACAGGGCAGAAUAAUCCGUCCCAUGAGAAUUGUGAACACUGAACAAGAAGAGUAUUGUGGACUUGUGCAGGCAAUGGAUGAUGAUGGCAAUGACAUAGAUGAGCCUUAUCCAUAUGGAAUAACUAGCCUUGCUGAUAAAAGAGAUUUUCUUCAAAAAGAUGAUGUGGUUAGAUUUCAAGUAGCUCGCACAAAAAAAGAUGGCAGUCUUCGAGCCAUAAACAUUGGAGCACUGCGCAAGUUCAUUAGAGCCAAGGUUGAUUCUGUGAAAGGCCAGUAUGGAUUCAUCAACUUUGAAGCAGCAGAAGAAGGCAAGAAAUUGUUCUUCCAUAUGACAGAAGUUCAUGAUGGUGCUGUCAUUCAACCUGGAGAUGAAGUUGAGUUUGUACUGGUACAAAAUCAAAGAAAUGGAAAAUACUCUGCUUGUAGUCUACGCAAAAUUACUGAUACCCGCAGACCAGAGCGUCUGCUGAGUCGCCUAAAAAGCAUAACUGAAGAUAACAGCAGCUACAAAGUAAUUAUUGUUCGCAACCCUAGAGGGCCUGACAACACUAAAGGAUUUCAGCCUAGAACUCCAUGGAAGCCUGCAGUUUCAUGAAUAUUGAAAUAUCUUUUUUAAGUUAAGUUUAUUAUCAAGCUUUUCAAACUUUUGGAAUUUUAAAACUAUUAGUGUCAUGAAUCAUGACAUCAUAAUGUUGGUGGUAUAUUUUCUUUGUAUACCAAAAUGGAAAAAAAAUGUAGUCUGAUGAAAAGUCUGUCCCCUUGUUAAACCACAAAAUUGUUUUCUUAGGGAACUGACAAAAGACAUGAAGCAGCUAGACACCAGUAUCAUUUAAAGGGGGAAAAACUUUUUUCUCAUUUCCUUUACACUGAUGAUGAACUGAAUCUAUGCAAAAGUUAACUUUUUUUUUUACAAGUACAAAUUGUAUUCUUACCUACAGUUUUAAUGCCUCAUCUCAUACUCCACACACCACUCGGUUUACGUAGUAGUUUGGGUAAUAGGAAACUCCACUAAAUAUCAUAAGGGGCAGUGAAAACUUUAAAAAAUCAUUUGAUAGAUGCCCGUGCCUUGCUUCAGUUUUACUUUGACUUUUAUGUGUCUGUGCAAUUUUCCUCCCUUGUGAUAACAGCUGUUUUUUUCACAAUCAUUAUAAAUUUUAAAUUAAAAUCAGGGAAAAACCUGAAGGCAUUUACCAACAGAAUAAUGAUGUCAAGAAUUACUAAAAUUCAGUCAUUAUUCAUUAUUUAUGUAUUUAAAAUUUUAUCUUCGAGAAUGGAAAGCUACUUGUUUACAUUUUUCUACAUUCUCAGAUUAAAGUUUAAUAUGUUUUUGUUUUUAUUGUUCAUAUUUUUGGUCAUGCAAGAACAUGUAUGGAAGUUUCAUGCUGAUUCCUUUCAGGCCCUCUAUUUUCUCCAGAUUUCUUGGUUUUACAGUUGAGAAAAAUAGCUGUGGUAGACUUCAUGUCUGUUGAAUUGAAAAACAAUUUAUUGCUAAUAUUACUGCACCAUUCUGUUUGCCAAUAUUCCUGCUUUUGUUCAAUAAUUUUUCUGCCUUUGUGUUAUAUAGUAAUUCUUAGAAUUUUGUCAUCAGCUGUUUGAUUUUUGUUUUCUUUGUGUUUCAAUAAUGCCUUUUUCCAUUUGUUAGGCACAAUGAAUUAAUCAUUUAUAUCAUUUUUGUGUAAUUAACAGUUCGAGAAGCAAAAAUGCUUAGUUAUUGAUGGGAGAGUACAGGUGUGAAUAAGCUUUUCAGCAAUGUUAAAGGCAUUGUUCUAAGAUAUUUUUCUUUAAUUUCUGACAUAGCUAUUGGUAAAUAUUUGAAAUAGUUAUGGCUGGAUUUUCUUUUAAUGAAUAACUGAAUUCUUAUCUACAAUUUUAUUUUAAGAAAAUGAAAAAAAAAACUUAAUUGUUACAUUGUAGACAGAAGAAUGGUCAUAAUAUGUAAAUUGCAGUGUUAACCACUUGUAUUGGAACAUAAUCAUCAAUAUUUUUGGUUUGAUUAAAAGUAGUUACUCAAGAGCUCUGCGCCCAAAAGUCUUUCAUGGCAAGUUAAAUAAUUAUCAAUUUGUCAUUUGUAAACUUUUUGCAGUGCACAUCAGAAUAUUCUAUUUGAUGCAGAGGCGCAUGAAAAAGGGCUCAGAAUUUUGUUUAAAGCAAAACUAGGUUUUAAAAAAUUAUCAUUUGUAAAUAUGUGACUAUUUAUUUUGAUAGGAAUUAAGUGUAGGAUCAGAAAUGAGCUCCAGUAUGAAAUGCACUGCAAUCUUAAUUGCUUUGUCACUUUGAGCAGCCAAUCUCCCAAUCAUGUGCCUUUGCAUAUAGACAACUGUAAUCUAUGCUGAAGAAACUUCAUCUGUAUAUGACAUGAUGUAUAUUUUUUCACUGACAUGCAUGAAGUAGUAUUGUACUUAAUAAUGAAGAAAGCUAUUUUCUUAACUUCAUUUAACAUGUAUUACUUCAUGUAUACAUUUGAUGUCACAUAACUAAUAAUCUGUGUUUGUGUUUUAUGUCACAAAAUGUUGAAGCAAUAUAAAAAAAAAGAUUCUUUUUCUAUUAUGUUUUUUAGUUUGAAAUUAAAUUUAGACAUAGUGUUUUUGAUAUAUAAGCACAAUUGUACCAAUUAGAUGUAUUGUUUUUUUUUUUUUAAAUAUUUGACCCUAAGGCAAUGGAUAGCCAGGAGAUCAUUUUAAAGUCUGUGAUUUUUCUUAUUCAUUUCAGGCUUAAAGUUAUAUUUUAGUUGUGUUGUUUUUUGUUUUGUGCGUUUAUGGGUAUUCAUUCUAUACCCCAUUUGUUGUUACUGUAUUUAAUAUUACACUCUUUUUCGAAAGUCCUUGUGCUCAUUGCCCUAUUGGUGACAUAAGAAAUGGUUUAAGACCUUGGUCAGGUGGUUUCACCAAAAUAGUUUCUUAUCUCACAUAACGGUAUGGUUCUAGAACAGAUCUGAAGAAUUUGUUGUGUGAAUGGCAAACUAGUUUUUCCCCGCCUGGCUGCUCCAAUUCCUUGGGCUUGAUAGAUUUUAUACUCACAGACUUGAUAACUCAGUCUUUAAAAGAACAAUGUAUUUUAUAGCUUGGGUUAUAAAUGUAGAAAAUGUAGAAUGGUGUGUAUUUUUAAUGAUUAUGAAUGAUUUUAGUCUUUAAAGAUAACUCAGCAAUUUUGUACAAAAAGUGGCAAAGGCACAAGGAUUUGAAAUGAUUCCACUUAUAUUGACAGUUUUUUUUUUACUUGAUGUUGCUGGGGUUUUGAUGGCAAUGGUGCAGUAAUGAAUGCUUUGUUCAAUCAAUUUACAAUUUUGUAACUUAACUAAGAAGACAACCACCAAUUUUUAAUUCAUCAAAAACUUGAGUCAAGUUCUAACCACUAAUGCUUACAAAAACAAUAAAGUCAUUUGUGGUUUUCAA